CCAGCAUUUAAACUUUAGAAUUUCCAGUUAAUGUGACACUACAUGUGGCCGCCAGCAUAUACAGACGGGCCACGGCGCCCGCAGCACCAACAGCACGAGCAGCAAACAGCACAGACAUCGAGCGCAGGAACUUCGCUCCGGGAGCAGUAUUUGAAUGGGCGGACAGUGUUUACAGCCAGCGCACAUACAGUGUCACGCGUGCAUGGCGACGUGCUGGACAAGGCAGCAAUGAUAGCAUCUCUGGCAUCGAUUGCACUGCAGCACAAGCUCGUCAUUGUGGUCCCCUGGGUGGUAGUGCAGGAGCUGGAUGGACUGAAGACAGCGCACAAGUCGAAGAUGACUUCAAACGGACAAGUGGGCAGCACGUCGUUCCUGGCGCGUGAGGCGAUCCGGUACUUUGAGCAGGAGCUGGGGCGAACUGUGAAUGAUGACCAGAUCCUGGAUUGCUGCUUGUACUUUAUGGAGAAGUUUGGGCUGCCCGUUACGAUCCUGUCGCGCGACCGAAACAUGAACGUCAAGGCACGAAUCAACGGAUGCGCUACGUGCGGCGACUGGACAGGCACGGCGGCAGGGCUGGUGGAUGCGAUUGCCAGGUGCUCGGGAGAGAAUACCUCAUCGCUGCGUCGGAAGGAGCAGGUGUCGAUAGAGCCGAUUGUUAUUCCCGACUCUCCCCCACAUUCGCAGCCACCAAGUGCUCAGGCAUUGGCAGUGCCAAAGAGCCGACUGCGUGCAGGCACAACUCUCCCGACAUUGCCUGUAAUCAGCUACCAGCCACCACAACCACAGAGCUUUGGGCCUUCAUUUGGCGCUGCUAGUGGCCCAAUUGACGAUGUGAGGGAUAGCGAUGCAAACUCAUUCAAAAAGCAGCGUAGAUCGGGAGACCCGGCAUCGUUUGUCGAUGUCGAGAUGCUGGUUACAAGUAGCCCCAAGGCGGCUCUGGAUCCAAGUCCACAACCGCAUGCUCCUAUUUACCCGCCUGUUGCGCCAGUAGCUACACCGCAGCAGCAUGCGCAAGCCUUAUCCCACCUGCUACACCAGUCGCUGCAUGGAGGCCUCCAGCAGCUACAGCAGCAGGAGGCUGCCAAGAGGAACAGCAUUACCAGUCGGACAGCCAUUGGGGUCUCGCGCGAGGUCACAAAGUUCACGUACAGCGAUACCUGUGGAUUGCACCAGGCUACAUGGCAGGAUGUGCUGCAGCGGCACUUUGCACCGCCGCCAUGGAGGUCGUGCACGGUCAUGCUCACAAUUAUUCUUGUACAUUGGAACACCUUCAAGGAGGCACUUCCCUACGAUAUGCGCGACAAAAUCAGGUCAAUUCUGCCCUGGGUUAUGCAUGUAGAGGGCGUGGAUACCUGCCCACAGACCAGCGGGCCGCUGCCGUACACCACGCCUACCACUGAGGCAAAGCAGAUGCAGGAACGGCUUGAUCAGGCAGUCGGCCUAGUUAACACUAUGAAGCAGCUGCUGGUCCAGUGCGAGAUCGUCGAGUCCGACAAGCAGACGGACACACGCGAGAAGCUGUUCAAGGAAUGGGUGACGUGGGCCAGGACGAACGCCAGCGGGCAAUAA